AUGGACAGCUGGCGCUGCACCGUGCGCUCCUGCACGCGGUCGAGGAGAACGCUCAUGGCAGGCGAGGACACCGACAUAGUGGUGGCUCUGCUAGUGAGCGGGAGCAUUAUGCCGUACUCGAAGUCUGACAUCUCGAUGGAAAGGGAUGCAGACUUGAAGCCGCAUUCUCUUGGACACAGGAAAUCAGCCAUAGAAUCACAACGUGAGCUCGUAUGUCUAGGCAUGUCAUCGCUUCCGGAGCAAGGAAGAUGCGCCCAUUCGACACCGUGUUCACAUGCUGUUUCUCUCAGCCGCCGAAGAACCUCGUGGCCAAAACGGCCGAAGUGGCAUUUCAGGGGCGUCGAUGUGCCUUCGUCACUGCGAAGGCAACAGGAAGCAUCAGGUCCGUGGCUUGUACUCCGGUGCAUCAUCAGUGAGGAAGAGCGUCUCAAUCUUCUUGAAUCUGCUGAGAAACAGAAAAGGCAGGGUCUCCUGCUGCCAAAUCCAGCAGGACCGCAUCGCUUUUUUCGGCGACUGGAUGCGACUGGUGGGGUGGACUCUUUCUUGGAGGAACUGACGGAGCGCCUGGAAGAUGCUGUGGCCGGACUACACGGAAGGCAGCUAGAUCCAACGCUUGGACGGGUGUGCUCCUACAUCGAACCUGGAGGUUUUAUCCACGAGCACCGUGAUCGGUACCAUGCCCAAACAGACGGCUUAGCGCACCUGCGCGCAAACAUUGUCGUGCAGAUGGAGCCGAAGUGCCGUGCUAGUGUCGACAGUUCGUGGGUGUUCUGGCAUCCGGGUCAGCAACGGAACCGAGGGCCAGGUAGCCGGUUUUCCUGGUUUGCAGCCAUGUCUUCGGAGAGAGGUGCAAUGGAGCAGCUCCAGGAUAUGCGUGGGCAGUUCUACAGGACAGCACCGCCAUGGGCCGUAGAUCAGCCAGCCGUGGAGUGGAUAUCAAUGACCAAACCGCCAUUCAGCAAUGCAGCAGGCUGUGGAUCCAUGGGUCCGUGGGCAGUGGCAGCAAAUGCUCGAAAGCUGUCGGCAACAGCGCGUGAGGGGGCGGCACCCGAGUUUUCACAAAGCCACGGGAACAUUGGAGGCUUGCGUGCUCCGGCUGCCCAAAAAGCUUUUCCAACGCGGCAGCUGGCACCCAGAGGAUCGCGUUGCUUGUGCAUAACCAGCUUCUCGCGGACCCCAGAGCUGACCAUUCCGCAGCGUGGCGAGUCGUCCGACGAAGGGCUUUCAGGAGGCGGAGGCUAUCGGAAGGGCAAGGCCCUGGCACCUGAUGGUCAGUUCCUGUCAACCAAAGGGAUGCAUGGAUCUUCUUCGCUUCCCGAGAACUACACUCCACGGAAGUUAUUUGCGGUCCUCAACCCAGAAUCGUGUACGGAUUCGGCUGGCCGCCCUCUCGGCCUCUCGCCCCUGCUUCGAGCUUGGCUGUGUUCCUUUCACUGA